CCAAACUAAUUCAACAUGUCUGGCCGCGGCAAGGGAGGCAAAGUUAAGGGAAAGGCAAAGUCCCGCUCGAACCGUGCUGGUCUGCAGUUCCCGGUCGGUCGUAUUCACCGUCUGCUCCGCAAGGGCAACUACGCCGAACGUGUCGGUGCCGGUGCUCCCGUGUACCUGGCUGCCGUGAUGGAAUAUCUGGCUGCUGAAGUGCUGGAGUUGGCAGGAAACGCCGCCCGUGAUAACAAGAAGACCCGUAUCAUCCCGCGUCAUCUGCAGCUGGCCAUCCGUAACGACGAGGAGUUGAACAAACUGCUGUCGGGUGUGACCAUCGCCCAGGGUGGUGUGCUGCCCAACAUCCAGGCCGUUCUGCUGCCCAAGAAGACCGAGAAGAAGGCUUAAAUUGCACCACUCUCAGAUUUCACAAAAACGCGCCGCCAAACAAAACCGUCCUUUUCAGGACGACCAAAAUUCUUACAGGAGAGUUACCAAUCAAACAAAAAAUUCAACCACCAUCCGUAAACUACAAACGAUGACCAUUCCGUGACUGCCACUUCGACUAGCAUGAAAAUAACAAAAUGACGCACCGGAUUCGAGUACUAGAAAUACCAGCCAGUCCGUAAAAAAAAAAAA